AUGGCCCUGGGGAAUCCCUUCCAACUCUACAGCUCCAGGAACCGGCCAGCCACGCCUUCUUCACACCCCUCUGCAGCCCCCGAACCCAGCCGAGUGCGCCGCCUCUCGCAACCCUCCAGGAGCUUCUCACGUGACUCAGAUCUCGGCUCCUGCCUGGAGCGAGAGGCUGCGCUACGAUGGGGCUGCUGCCGGACCGCUGGUACCGGGGCGCGGGGGGAUGGGGGGAAGGGGAAAGCCCCCUCGCCUCUCCGGCAGAAGCUUCCCGCUCCGCUGCCUGACACCCCCCUCCCGUUUCUCCCGUGCAGGUGUCUCCUGCUGGCGCUGCUCCAGCUGCCCGCCUUGCUCCGCUUGGACGCCGCCGCCGCCGCCGCCUUCGGGUGGGCUCCGGAGCCAGACCAGCUUUUCCAGAUCCCGGAGGGAUGGAGCUGUCUGGGUCGAGUGGCUGCCUCGGAGGCGCUGAGCCUGACCUUCGCGCUCCGGCAGCAGAAUGUGGGGCGCCUGGAGGAGCUGGUGCAGCGAGUCUCCUCUCCAGACUCUUCAGAGUAUGGCCGGUUCCUGUCUCUGGCAGAGGUGCAGGCCCUGGUCGCCCCCUCCCCUCAGACACUGAAUGCCGUUCGCAAGUGGCUGGAGACUCAUGGGAUCUGGAACUGCACAGACGUGGGCACCAAGGACUUCUUGCAGUGCCUGGUGCCAGCUGGCACGGCAGAGCAGCUCCUCCCGGGUGCACAGUUCCAGCGCUACGUCAACGGGGAGCGAAGCGUCGUGAGGUCCCCCUUUGCCUACACCUUAGCGGAGGAGCUGGCAGAGCACGUGGAUUUUGUGGGGGGUCUUCACCGCUUCCCUGCCGAGAGGAAGGCAGUGAGUAGGGCGUGGACUGCAGGGAAGGCGCUGCUCUCCACCUUCCACUUGGGGGUGACGCCGGCUGUGAUCCGCCAGCGGUACAACCUGACUGACAAGGACGUGGGCAGUUCCUUCAACAACAGCCAGGCCUGUGCCCAGUUCCUGGAGCAGUACUUCCACCAAGCGGACCUGGCUGAGUUCAUGGGUCUCUUUGGGAAGAGCUUCCCUCACCAUUUGCGCGUGGACCAGGUGGUUGGGCACCAGGGCUGGGGCAAGGCCGGCCUGGAAGCCAGCUUGGACGUGGAGUACAUCAUGAGCUCCGGGGCCAACAUCUCCACCUGGGUCUUCAGCAACGGAGGGAGGCAUGAAAGCCAGGAGCCUUUCCUGCAGUGGCUCCUUGUGCUCAGCAACAUGUCUGCCCUGCCCUGGGUGCACACGGUCAGCUACGGCGAUGACGAGGACAGCCUGUCCCGGGCGUACAUGGAGCGGGUCAACGUGGAGUUCAUGAAAGCGGCCGCACGAGGGAUGAGCAUCCUCUUUGCCUCAGGCGACUCUGGAGCAGGUUGUCGGUCAACUCACGGAGGGAAGCACACCUUUCGGCCCAGCUUCCCAGCCUCCAGCCCAUAUGUGACCACAGUGGGCGGGACGUCGUUCCAGCACCCCUUCCUGGUCAGUGAUGAGGUCACGGACUCCAUCAGCGGGGGAGGCUUCAGCAAUGUCUUCCUGAUGCCAAAGUACCAGACAACAGCUGUGAAGCGGUUCCUGAGCACGAGCUCCAAGCUGCCACCUUCCACCUAUUACAACAAGACAGGCAGAGCCUACCCAGACCUGGCAGCUCUGUCUGACAACUACUGGGUGGUGACCAACCGUAUCCCCAUGCCCUGGGUCUCGGGCACCUCGGCCUCAACUCCCGUGGUGGGGGGCAUCAUAGCUCUGAUCAACGACCGGCGACUCCAGCGAGGGCAGCCCCCCCUGGGCUUCCUCAACCCUGCCCUCUACCAGCUCCAGGAGAAGGGGAACAGCACUGCCCUCUAUGAUGUGACGAAGGGCUGCCACUACUCCUGUCUAGAUGAAACUGUGCAGGGCCAAGGAUUCUGCGCUGCUCCUUCCUGGGAUCCCGUCACCGGCUGGGGGACGCCAAACUACCCAGAGCUCCUGUCUGCCCUGCUGGGCUAGGCGCUGGGGGGCUAGGCCACAUCACACUUGCAGACAUCCAUGGCGCUUGGCCACACAACAGCCAGGGGGAGUUGAGAGGUCUUGCUUGGUAUCCAGCAGCCAAAGCCACAUCUGCUAAGGGGAAGAAGUGUGCACACCUCUCUGCCCAGGGCUGGGUUGGGAAUCUCAGGCUGCAAGAUGGAGGCAGGGGGCAUUUCAGAGGGCCUCCCCCCGCCUCCGUUGCAUGACCAA